AAGCAGAUCAUGGAGGAGGCCGUCACACGGAAGUUUGUCCACGAAGACAGCAGCCACAUCAUCUCCUUCUGUGCGGCCGUGGAAGCCUGUGUCCUGCAUGGGCUGCGGCGGCGGGCGGCUGGCUUCCUGCGUAGCAACAAGAUCGCGGCUCUCUUCAUGAAGGUGGGCAAGAGCUUCCCGCCGGCUGAGGAGCUGAGCCGCAAGGUCCAGGACCUGGAGCAGCUGAUUGAGAGCACGUGAGUGCAGAGCACAGCCGCCCCAGAGGACAGUCCGUGGUCCUCCCUGGGCUCUGCAAGAGCAUGUGCCUCGUAGAAUCCUCUCCACUAUCCUUGUGCUCCUCAGACCCACCAGACUCUUUUCCACCCCAGGGCCUUUGCACAUGCUGUACCCGCCACCCGGUUCACACCACUUGUCUUCCAUGGCUGGUUCCUUGUGGUCAUGUAGGCCUUCCCCUAGCUAAGUGUAAAUUUCAGCCCUCACCCCAUUUCUCUUUCAUAUCACUCUGUUUAUUUUCCAAUUGUUAUCAUCACCUGUAAUUACUCAUUUAUUUAUUUGUUUACUGUUUCCUUGAUUGUUGUCUCUCUCCCUUUCUUGACUUUGAACUCCAUAAAGAGAGGUGGCUACACCUGUGUUAUUCCCCAUUGUGUCCCCAGCAUCUGAGAGAGCCUAACACCUGGUAAAUGCCAGAGAAACAGCGUCACAUGAAUAAGUGCCUCUUAUAAGCCAAGUCCUGCCCUAGAGGUAGGAAGACCACAGUUUAAUAGAACCAAUAUGGCCUCUGUCCACAUGGGCCUCUGGUUAAAAUUCACAUAGAGGCAACCACUGAAGGGGAGAGGUGGCUUCACUCUCUGGGCUUUUGGGCCAAUUGUAUGUGUUAUGGGGAGGCUCACGGACCGAGUGUGUGUGUCCAUGAGCACCUCCCACCAGAGUCACUCCUAGAGUCCCGACUGUACAGCCAAACCCCCAAAUGGAACCUGGUCAGAGAUGGCAGGUAGGUUUCUACUUUAGUUGAUGUUAGUGGCUUGUUAUGAAAGAUUCUGGGGCUGUGAUUGGGCUUCUUGGGAGACAGUGCAGAGAUUGAUUAGCAAUGUCUGCUACAGGCAAGGGAAGGGACUCGCAUGUAUGUGUUUGCCAUCUCUGCCAUGGGUGAUAACUCCACUUCACUGGGCGAGAACCAGCUUUCCUUGCCCUUCAGGCCCUGCCUGCCUGGGGCUGUUGGUCAGAACUGCAGGACGGGCAAAGCUUUGGACUGGACAUUGCCAACUCCGUUGGUAUCUGACUCCUCAGCCACCUGGUCUUCAGGUGCCUUCCAGUCCAGCUGCUCAAUUCCCAGGUGUUGCUGAUAACUUCUUAAAGGGAGGGAUUUCCACAGGCCUUUCAUAAUAUUGGCAACGGCUUGUUAAUGGAGGAAUGAAAGAUGCCCAGUAUCACGUGGUAAGGGAAAGCCAUUCAUUCAUUCAUGCAGUCACUCAUUCAUGAACAUAUAUACUGAGUCCCCUGUACAUAUAUACACCAGGCACUGUGCUAGGCCCUGGAGAUACAGACAUGAAGAGGGCCCAUGA